AUGUUUAGAAAGGAUAUUCAGUUUUUAAUAUUGAUAAUCCAAUUAGUUGAUGGAUUUAGGAGAUUCGAGAAUGAUUUUGAUGCCACUGGUUUCUCGGUUGAAUGUCCUUCUGGAUAUUAUCAUGCACCUGGAAUGCAUCCUCAUCCUUGUGUUUCCUAUUCCCUUAUUUGUAGAUAAGUCACCAAGCUUUAAAUGAUCGUAUAUUCAGGAGUUGAAAAGCUAUGCCAUCCCAGAGCAUAAUUAGAAUCUCCAGGGUCUAAUUUGUAUCUUCCGAAAGUAAAAUUUUGUUUGAACAAAACCUUAAUUUACAAUUAUUCAGAGGAUACUGAUUUAAAAAUUUCAUGUGAAAUUGCCUCUAACUAAUGUUUAAUAGCUUAAAGGUCUGGAGACAAACUUAAAUGCUUAUAUUGUCCAGCAAAUUAUUAAGGUGAAAAUUGUUUGCCAAAGGUUUUAAACUGUGGAUCUAAUUGUGGAAGUUGUGAAUCAAAUUAUUGUGGAACAUGUAAGGAAGGGUAUUCUCCCGAUAGCAGUACAGAUUUAUAUUGUCGUUUAGCCUGCUAACCAAAACAUUCGAGCUGUUCAAAAGAAAAUGGUGUGUACUCAUUUUAAGGUUGUAUCAAAGGCUACGAGCUGGUUGGUAGUUAAUGCUUAGCAUGCCCGUUAAAUUGUACUUAAUGUGUCACUGGUGUUUGUAUGGAGUGUGUAUUUCAGUAUUCUUUAAAGGACGGUUAAUGCUUUGGAGAUAUCAAUUGCACUAGAUUUGAUUAUAAUUAUGAUCCUAAUACUGGUUUAGCUGUUGGUAUAACUUGUUAAUAAUGUGACCUCACAUAUUUUUAUAAUCCAAAUCAGCAAAAAUGCACUCUCUGUAAAGAGCAGCCUGAUUUGAAAAAUUGUUUCAUUUGUUUUAAUGCGACAGAAUGCAAGGUUUGCUAUGGAACACACGUAAUAACUGCUGAUAAGAAAUGCACACCAUUUCUUGGUUGCUCACCAAACUGUUAAACUUGCCUUUAUACUGAUCCUGACUACUGUACAACUUGCAAUUUGGGCAACAAAUUUAAAAGUUCAAAUAUUGAACCUGGAAAAUGUGUAUGUGAUUCUCCAAAUGGUUACGUUGAUAAGGACGGUUAUUGCGUAAAAUGUACAGUUGGGUCAUGUUAAACUUGCGGUAAAGAUUAUUAUGAAUGCACAUCUUGUAAAACAGUGACAAACAGAAUGGUUUUGGAUACCUAAUGCGUUUGUAAAUAAGGAUAUUACGAGACAGGCUUGGAAGAUUAAAUAUGCUAAAAAUGCUAUGAAUAUUGUUAUAAUUGUAAAGGACCUGAGAUUGAUGAUUGUACAGAAUGUGGAGAUCAGAGUAUCUAUCAUAAAUACUAUGAGAAUGGAUAAUGUUUUUGCGAAGAAGGAAAAUAGUUAAUUUUACUAUCUGAUGGAAAUAGCACUUGCAUAUUUUGUCAUCCUUUAUGCUAAAAAUGUUCUAAGCCCGUUGAUGAUUCAACAAAUUAAUAUUGUACGAUGUGCAUCUAAGGCCAACAUAGAGAAGUAUCUUACCUUAGCAAAUGUGUUUGUUAAGCUGGAUAUGGAAGUGAUGGAACUAUAGAUAUUUGUGUUAAGUGCCAUUAUUCAUGUACGACUUGUAAAGGGCCACUUGAAACUGAUUGUACAUACUGUUCAAAUUAUGCCCAUAGAUAAAUGACAAUCGACAAUAAAUGUUCUUGCAAGUCAUCCUAUUAUGAUUCUGGUUUAUAGGAUAUAAUUUGUAAGUUUUCUUGUCAUCAUUCUUGUUCAAAUUGUACUGUUAAAGGAGUAGAUAAAUGCACUUCUUGUCCUUCAACUAGGUAUGCUAUUUAAGCUGGGACUACAUUUUAAUGUCAAUGCAAAUAUUCAAAUUAUUAUAGUGAUCCACUCUUUUUAGAAUGUUAGCCAUGCCAUCCAACAUGCAAAACUUGUAAAGGCAUUUUAGAAACUAAUUGUCUAACUUGCGAUACUACUUAUAGAGAAUUGGUUAUUUCAAAAUGUGAUUGUUAUCCUGGGUUUUACAAUACAGGCAGCAUACAGUGUUCAUAGUGUCAUUUUACCUGUCUAUCAUGUUUUUCUUCGGAUGAAGAUGGUUGUAUCACUUGUUCUUCGGAAAAAAACAGAGUUAUGAAAGCAAAUAAAUGUGUCUGUAUGAAUAAUACAAUGUAAUAAUCAAAUACCGAUUCAAUGUGUUAAAAAUGCUCAUAUCGUUGUUCAAAUUGCGCUGUAAAGCCUGAGAAUUGCACAACAUGUCCUGAGUAUUCGGAGCGUGAAUUAGGGACAGAUAAUUCUUGUUAAUGUCCAGCUUAUUUUUAUGAUUAACCUGACAACCCCAUUUGCAUAAAGUGUCAUAGUACUUGUUUAACAUGUCAAGGGUCAAAAAGUAAUUAAUGUACGUCUUGUGUUCCUCUAAGCAAAAGACAAUUAAACUCUUUUGGUGAAUGCAAAUGCCCAACUUCAUAUUUUGAUAUAGGGCUACAAGAAUGCUUCAUCUGUAGCAGCGAUUGUCUAGAAUGUUCUAUUACUGCUACCAAUUGUACAUCUUGUAGUCCAGAGAGAUAUUAACUUGGAAACAGUUGUUUAUGCAAAACAAAACUUUAAGGAAACUAUCUAACUACAUAUUCAGCGCCAUUGAAAAUAAAUUUAUUCUCAGUCUGCCAUUACAGUUGUCUAUCAUGCAAUGGUCCAUAAGUAAAUUAAUGUUUGUCUUGUUUGAACUCAGAAUCAAGAAUUUUAAUUUCUACAAGUUGUAUAUGCACAGAAAAUACCUUUGAUAUCAAUGUCCCUAAUUGUCAAAAAUGUGAUUAUCGAUGUGAAGGAUGUACAACAUUACGUACUCAAUGUAAUGCUUGCCCUUCAUCAAGCUUGAGGAUAUUUAAUCCUCUAAUCUCUUCUUGCGAUUGCCCUAUUUAAUAUUAUGAUGAUGGAGUUAAUACUAUUUGUUAAAAAUGUCACUACUCUUGUUUGACCUGUAAAAUUACUUCGACUAGGUGUAAUUCUUGUUAAGCUAAUGUAUAUCGAACUUACAAUGCUUUUUUAUAAUCUUGCCUUUGUAAUGAUCAUUAUUAUGACUCUGGAAUUCUUAUUUGUCAAUAAUGUCAUUAUUCUUGUCUACUAUGUAAUGCUUCAGGGGAUCAUUAAUGUAUAAGUUGCUAACCAUAAGCAACAUCAUUUAGAAUAUUGAAUGGGAAAGUCUGCGAAAUGCCUCCGGUGGAUAUUAUGACGAUGGAUUUACUCCAAAUUCUGCAUUACUUCAUAAACUUAAUGCACAUCUUGUGUAUUAACAAGGCAAUUAUAUCAAAAUCAAUGCCUAUUGGUUUAAGUAAUUGUAGUAAAUGUGAUUCUAAUUGUUACAAUUGUAAUUUCAAUUCGAAAUUUUGUACAGCGUGUGAUUCGAGUAUAUUAAGAAUUUUGAACACUAAUGAUAAUACUUGCUAUUGUUAACCAGGCACAACCGAAAUAGAUGGAUUAUGCUAAUACUGUGAUAUAAAUUGUUAGACUUGCUCAAAUAGCAUAAUAAAUUGUAUAUCUUGUCGUCUAUCGAAAUUGCUAAUUGAUUCAUAAUGUAUAUGUAUUGAUGGAACUUAUUUGUCGAACGUAGAUGAUAAAUGUUAUCCUUGUAAUUCUACCUGUGAAACUUGUGAUGGACUAGAUACAUUUUGCUUGAGUUGUUCUUCAGAUAAAAAUAGAAUUCUAAAUAAUACAAAUCACACUUGUAUUUGUAUGGAUGGAUAUUAUGAAGAUACAGUAAACGUCUCUUGUUUGUAGUGUGAUAAAACAUGCUUAACUUGUUUUGGGAAUUCUUCAAAUUGCAAAUAAUGUGAUUCAAGUCUGAACUUAACACUGAAUUAGUAAAAUUUAUGCAUUUGCAAAUCAGGUUACUUUUUUAAUCUCGUUGCCUAAUAAUGUUAAGUUUGCCACUAUAGUUGCACUGAAUGCUAAACUUAAACUCAAUGCUUAACUUGUGAAUUAAUAACUAGAUAUUUAGAUAGUGAUACAUCAUAAUGCAUUUGCAAGGAUGGCUUUUACGAAAUAAAUCAAAAUUCAUGUUUAAAAUGUCAAAGUAGUUGUAAAACAUGUUAAAUUAAACCAAGUAAAUGUUUAACUUGUAAUACAUCUAACUUUCGAUAUUUUUUAAUGAAUUCUUGCCCAUGUCUUGAUGGAUUUUAUGAUGUUGGUAUUGAAAUGUGUCAAAAAUGCAGUGAAUUUUGUAAAACUUGCUCAAUAAGCUCAACAAAAUGUUAAUCCUGUUUCCCAAAUCAUCUUCGCGCAGUAAAUCAAAAUAAUUGUACUUGCAUUCCUGGGUAUUUUGAUAGUGGAUCAUUAAUAUGUGAAAAAUGCUCAAAUUCUUGUUAAACUUGUAAAAAUCAAAAGGAUUAUUGUACUAGUUGUGAUGUUAAUUAAAAUAGAUUAGAUUAAUCUAUUAUUCACAAAUGUCCUUGUCUUUCUGAUUUUUAUUUGGAUUCUAAUGAAAUUUGCUAGAAAUGUCAUGUUAAAUGUUCUGGGUGUGUGAAUGAAAGAAAUAAUUGCUAAGGGUGCAAAUAUCUCCAAGGUUCCAAUAGAUUAACUAUUUCAAAUUAAUGUAAUUGUAAAGAUGGAUAUUAUGAUGAUGAUUUCUAAAUUAUUUGUAAUAAAUGCGAUAAUCGUUGCAAAACUUGUUAAAAAGGUGCAAAAAAUUGCCUGAGUUGCUUUAGUAAUGUAAGAAUAAAUCCACCUGAUUGUCCAUGUAUGAAAGGCUACUUUGAAACUUCAUAACAGGUUUGUGAAGCUUGCGAAUUUUAAUGCGAUACUUGCGAAACUAUGCCCUCGAAUUGCUUGACUUGUAAGGAAGGUCGUAUAAACAAAUUAUGUGAUUGCGAAGAUGGGUAUUUUGAAGGUGGCCAAAUAUUAUGCAUAUAAUGCGACUUUUAAUGUCAAAAAUGCAAAAAGUCUUCGACUAAUUGUCUGGCUUGUAAAGGUGAUAGAUUGUAAAUUCCUUUCUGUCGAUGUUAAGAUGGAUAUUACGAUGAUUUUUACAGUUUCAAUUGCUUGAAAUGUGAUUACACUUGUAAAACAUGUUCUUCAUAAGGAUGUUUAAAAUGUAAUGGCAAUCGAAUUUUAUCUGAUCAAAUGACUUGUGAUCCACCUCCAAACUCAAUUAGCUGGCUAUUAACUCCUUGGUGCUCAAAUUGCGAAGUAGCUGUAAUGAAGAUUAAAUUAUCAGAUGACCUGGCAACAAUAAUUGUCCUAUUUGAUUUCCCCCUAAAUCAAAACUUCUUUUCAACUUAACUUGAUAUCAACGCUUGCUUUAAACUCCUAAACGAGACUACUCUAUCAAAAUUAGGAAUAAAUCCAACAUGUAAUAUAGAUCCAGAUAAUCAAAAACAAUUACUUUUGAAUCUCGGUCACAACCCCACCAUUAUUCCAGGAGAUAAAAUUGAUUUUUUGUCAGGUUCAUUGGGUCACAAAAAUUGCAAUAAUAAACUAUUGCAUUUCUUUUUAAAUAUAGUUGAAAAUCCUACGAGUCCAUUCGCUCCUAUUAUCAAAUAUGAUAACAUUAUUUUGAUGGAAUAAAAACUCUAUUUGAUGGUUUACGAAGUUUUAUUUUCUUGUCAUGGUCUUUUGUUGUGUAGGGGUAAAAUGGAAAUGGCGAUCUUCCUAAUUUCAUUACUGAAUUAACAAAUUUCCAAUAAUUGGAUCUAGCAAUCCCAGAAAAAACAUUACCAAUCCAAUCUAAUAUAACUUUAACUGUAGAAGUUCAAAACUUUCUUUUAAAGAAAACAUCAUAUCAAAUAUUAAUUCAAACACAUGCAGGAUAAUUUCCCAUAAUAUUUUCCUUUUGAAUCUAUAAAUCUUGCUUUCAAAUUAGUUAAGAAAAGUUGCAUCGAAAGUUCAACACUAUCAAAUAACAAUUCUCAAUAUUAAACUAAAUUUUAUGAAGUCUAUAGGAAUAACUCUAAAUCUAGACCUUCAAACAUCAAUUAUACUGAUUUUGUUAAUUCUAACUUAUUGGAAUUUAAUAUUCAAAGUUACUCAUUAAGUUCUUGGACAGCUUAUACAUUUCAAUUAACCGUUUCAGAUUCUCAAAUUUAAUAUUAUUAAGAAUAAAAUGUAACUAUUUAGAUCAAAUCUGCAGGAAUCUUCUGCCAAUUUAAUGGAACAAAGAAAUUGCUAAAAUACAAAGAUUUUACAAAUAUAUACAUCCAAUGCAAGGAUCUCGAUGUUUAAUAUUAUUGGAAUGAAGAUCCAGAUUUGUUAAUAAAAGUCAGUUGUUUAGAUCUAACUUCACAAAAAGAAUGUAAGGAUUCUAAAUAGAAUAACAUAUAAAUUAAUUCUACUUAAACAACCUAGUUUUUUCCCAAAGCCACUUUUUUGCCAUUCACAAUAUAAGCGUGGAUUGUAAUUGCAACAAAGAAUUCGUUAUCAUAUUCUUAUAAAAUAAUUAUCGUAUAUUUAGAGGAUGAUUUCAAAAUUCUAGAUAUUGAUUAUAAUAAUGGAUAUUUAAUAAGGCCUGUCAAUAAUUAUGAAGAUUUAUAAUUUACAUUUAAUAUACCUUUUUAAAGAAGAUAAUACCUUUUACAUUAUUAAAUCGCAAUAAUUUAUGAUUAUUAAUUAGUUGCAAUACUUAAGCCCCAAUAUCACAAAUAUUCCUUUUAAUUAUAUGAUUAUUAUUAAUAGUUUAGCAAGGGGGAUAAAUUUCUCCUUAAAUUUGUAGCCUAAUAUAGUAAUGAUAUCAUUCCUAAUCAGGCAGACAUAAGCCUUAGUUUAAACUAACCUCCAAUUUGUAAAUUUCGAAUGCUAGAUUAUAAUAUCAAAGCUUUAGAGUCUCAUAAAAUUGCAAUUAAUUGUGAAUAAUCUGAAGAUAAACCUUAUCUCUAUUAAAUGAAAGUGUUUUUAUUUACUGAUGAUUUUGAAGAGUUUCAAAACAAGUCUUCAGAUAAUUCACUGCUUUUCUACAGCUUUUAAUAGUCUAAUAAUUUAGGAGGAUAUUUUCCUAAUGCUGAGAUAAUUAUUAUAUUAUAGAUCAUCGAUUAAAGAGGCUCAAUUACAAAUAUCCAAUAACGCUUAAAUAUAUCACAGAAUCAAAUCGUAUGUACGAAUUAAACAAUAGCGCAAUUAGUAUUUAGGGAAAAAAUUGCUUGGAUAUUUGAAAUAAUGAUUAACCAUUAAGACGAAUAAAAUUGCGUCAAAUUGAAGGAUGAAUUAUUAAAAUAUGUUGAAUUAGGAAUAAACUCUAACGAUAUAUAUGAAUAAUUAUUGGCCCAUCAAACAAUGAAUCUAUACAAAAAAUUAAUACUAAAAUAGUAGGCUUCAAAUACUUCAAAGAGAUAUUUAGAAUAAAAUUAUUAAAAUAUAUGCUUCAAUAAUAAGUCAUCUCUAUUUAUUAAUACUAAUUAAGAACACCUAAAGAAAAACAACACUAAUAUUUCAUCCUUAGUAAUAUAUUCUGAAAAUGUUUAAAAAUAAAUAACAAAAUUAAUAAAAUUAAAGGUUAACCUAGAGAAGUAAAAUGAGCAACAUAAUAUAAUUGCUGAUACUAAGUCAAUUAUGUUGACUAAAAGUGUAGUCUAGAUGCUAUAAAUUUCAGUACAUUUGAUCGAUCAUUAAUUUCUAAUUAUUUCUUAGAAUGAAAUUUAUACAGAAAAUUAAGAGUAAGUAGCAAAGAUAUCUGAGAAAUUAAUUUCAUUAAUUGAUAAUAUUACAAUACAUAUUAGUGAAUCUGUCUAAGUGAAUGGUAAGGUUUUAUCGAUCCAAGGAAUGAUAUUGUAAUUCAAAUUGUAAAAACUUACGAAAUCAAAGCUUAAUGUAAAUUUUUAAACACAAAAUGAUUAACUCGAUUAUUUAAUUUCAUUCAUACAGAAGUAAUAACUUAUAGUUGAUUACAAUUACUAUAAUCUAUCAUAAACUUACAGAAAAAUGCUUAAAAUUUAUUAAAUAAAUCAGAUUUUGAGAUUGAUUAAUAUCAUUACGUCAAAUCAACUUUAACUAAUUUUCUUUAUGCUAAUUCCUAAAUUAAUCAGCAAGAAUUAAGCAGUUAUUAUCGAAUUGACUUGGCAGAAUUUCAAUAUUGUGAUCCUUCAAUCCAGUUUUUUACAGUUGUUGAAUAUGAAUAUUAAUAAAUUUGAAAGUUGUGAUUUAGAAAUUUUAGAAAUUAAUAAUCAAAGAGCACAACUGUCUUGUAAAUGUAGAUCAAUUGGAAAUUUAUUUUUGAUAAAAAUUGCUCAAAGAUCAGGAACUUAAAAUAGUACUAUAUUAGCAAAUUAAUUUUAAUUUGAUUUUUCAUCAAUUAAAUUAAUUAAUUAAGCUUUUCUAUUUGUCUAGUGUGGAGUUAUAUUAUCAUCUUUUUUUGUUUAUUGUUUCCUAUUAUAUAAAGAGUAUAAAAGUUAAAAGAAUAUUGAUUUAGAGUAAAAUUAAAGCGAAAGGUAAGAUACUUUAGAGCGAGAUUAGAAUGUGUUAGGAAGAAGAUUUUAUCCGGGUCAUAUAUUUAUGUUUAAAGCAACAUUCAAAUAUAUACAUUCAAUAUUGCAAUUUUUUUAAGCUGAAGAAAGGAAUGUGAAAAAAAGCUUUCAAUUUUUAUAAUUUAGCAAUUUAAUAUGCAUUUUAAUAUUAAUAUCUGCUUGGUAAGUCCUAGUGUCUACUUUCAUAAUAAUUAAUGCUUAAAUUAACCUUAUUAUUUUAUUAGGUGUUAGAACAAUUUCAAAGAUAUUUGAAGGAAUUUAUUAGUUAGGAGGUAAAACUGCAAUAGCAGUUGUACUACUGUAUCUUUGCCUUCCUGCUAUGUAUCUAAUCCUUACCAUUUUUAUAUUAAAUUAAAUUGAAUCAAAUAAGAGUGACAUUGAUGUUCAAAUAUUUUUAAAUCUAUUAAGCUCUUUAUUUCUAGUGUUUUUCAUUUUUGAGCCAAUCUCAAUUUAUGUAAGAAUAGUUUUAUACAGACCUUUCUAUAACAGUGUUAAGAGAAAUGACUAUAUUCCAAUAAACCAUUUUAUUUAUUUCUUUCUCUAUCAUGGUAGAAUAAAUAAAAUUUAUGAUUAACUCAAUGUUAGAUGA